CAAAGCCAUGGUAUUUUUCAUGAUUCAAACAUUGUAGAAAAUUUUACAAGCAGCCGGAAGUGAGUACAAUGCGUUCAUUUCUAGAAUAUUAUAGAGAAACAGGCUAUACCGAUAUAUAAAGCCGAGGGGUUUAAGGACAGAUAAGCAGAGGCUAGCAUUUAUCACGAGAUAUUUUUACUUUAAGGGCCGACAGGCGAUAGUUAUUUUUAGAGUGGGGUAAUCUUUCUAGAGUUUUUUAUUUUUAUUUUUACUUAUAUGUGUGAAUUCCUAUUCAUCUUUGUACCUUCGCACAUUGUAUUAUUAUCAACUGUGUACCGGUACAAGCAAAACAAUAUACUUUAAUAAGACACGAACCAAUUGUGUCAAUAUAACAAUAAAAGUUACGCUUUAAUAAUCAUUAUACAUUAUACACAAGUAAACGUUUCGGCACAUGCCUUCAUCAGUACAAAUAAACAAAACACAUUUAAAUAAGUAUAAAUUAAAUUUACAUAAUAUAAAUAUACAUAUCCUACCUAAAACAUAAAAAAAAUAGGAGAGGGCGCUAAAACCAGACAAAAACAAAGGAAAGAGGAGUAGAAAGGAAGUGAUUUUAAUAUAAUUGUAAAAACCAAAUAAGAAAAAACAAUGUAAGUUAAUGAUUUUAAUUAUAUUUCUUUUAUUUUGUAAUUUAUUGGUAACUUAAUAAAUUUUAUUAAUUGUAGUUAGAACUGUUUUGAGUGUCGUAUUUCUUUUGCUAUUGUCUAUUGUAUCUCCCAUGCCCAUAUACCAUAUGGCAUAUGGCAUGGGCAUAUGGUAUCGUCUUUUGUUAUUCACUGUUUUGAACGAGCCAUAGACUUUAAAAAAAAAAAAAAAAAAAAGAUUUAUUUCUCCCUAUUGACAGCAGAACUUAACAACGUACAUACCCAUAACGCGACGCCUAUAAUAAUAUUUGAUUUACUUUUCGUUGACUACCAAGUUGCGUUAUUGAAUUUUACUUCUCUUUUAGUUUGUUGUUAUUGUUUUAAAAAGUUUCAGUUUUAUUUAUUGUCAUUUAGGCUAAUAUAUUCGCAGUAAUAGUCUUAGAAUUUAAUUUUUUUAAAGUUCAUUGAGUGAGCGUCAUGAUCAUUUAAUGCUUUAAUAUUAAUUAACUAAUUUACAAUGAUUUUUUUUUUCAAGCAAGAUCAUCCUAAAUAAAUUAAAGAUUUUAUUUUCGUUGAAAUUAUUUCCCCGCAGACAAAAAAAACAACAACACAUUUGGUAAAAUGGGAUCAUUUAUUAUUUGAAAAAAUAAUUAUACUUCUGUGUUGUCUUUUAUAUAUAUGAACAUUUUUUUAAAAAAUAUAUAAUUUUAAAAUUGACCAUAAACCAACAUAUUUAGAAUGGGUUGGCGUAUUUAGUUAAAAUAUUUUUAUUUGAAAUUGUCAAAUUGAUAUUUUUAAAUAAAAUAAAUCAUUCAUUUAAAUUUUAAUAAAAAUCCCUCAGUUCAUCUUAAUUAAUGAACAACCCCGUCUCUAAGUGAAUUGUUUUAUUUAAAAAUGGCUGAUGUUUUCAUGUGAUAAAAAUUAAAGCUACCAAUUUAGCUAUUAGUAAACAAGUAUUAUGUUGUGCUUUAUUUUGCAAGAAAGUUGAGUUGCCCAGAAAAAUUCUACUUGUAAAAAUUAACGUAACCUAUGGAAAUGGAACUCACAACUAAGAAACAAUCAGGAAAACUUACCAUUCACGACAAGGAUGUUGUUGACCAUGUUAUACUUGAUAGUCAAAAAGCAAAGUCUGAGUUUGAAUUACAGGUAUCUGAUGAAAUAUUAUUUGUAUUAGCCUAAUAGCAGGAAUAAUUCAGUAUAUAUAUGGGCUGGACAUUUCUUAAGUCUUCUAAUUAGAAAAGGGGAGUCAAUUUAGUAUAUUAAAAUUAGAAGUAUUAGAAGCAUUAUUAACUGAAACUGAAAGUUAAAACUGAAGUGUGUGAUUCAAUGUGAAAUUAAUAAAAGUAAAUGCUUAGAUAAUACUUGGCAUGAAAUUUUACAUACUGAAAUAGGCAUAGGUGAAAACAAGUUAGUAUGUGAAUAUAGGGGUAAUUUUAUUUAUUUUAUCAAAAUCAUGUUUAAUAGGCCUAUAUUUUAUAUUAUACAGUGUUUUUACCAUUAAUUAAGCAGUAGAUUUAAGAGUGUCAAAUACUGGUUUAGGUAAAAACUCAGUCAACUGCUCAGAAAAUACAAUUAUUAAAAUGUAGGCCCUAAUUUGAAAUAAAUAAAAAUAAUUACAUUUAAAUUAGAUAGGGCCUACUAACCAUAAUGUAAUCUUUUAAAUUUCAGAAAUCAAAGCAACCAACCAAAAUGUCUGAUUCAGUUAUUUCAUCACUUCCCAAAACACCAUCAACAAUUAGUGUAACUAAACUUCCCCUUAACAAAUCAGCAAAUGCACAGAACUGGUUGGAUAAAGAGACAAUUAAAGAGCUGCAGGUAAUGGUCAAUACAUUUGAUUUAUGAUUAUGUGAGUCAAAAUAAAGCAGAAAAUGUGUCUGCUUUAAGUGUAAGAUUUGUAGUUCUUAAACACAUGAUUUUAAAAAAUAUUAUAAAUUAACUGUAUUCCCAUUUAGUACAAAAUCAAUAUUGUUUACCUAUUUGUAUUAUUUACAGGUAAAUAGAAAAGGGUUAUGCAGGUAUUUCUCAAAUGGGCAAUAUUACUUCACUGGGAGUGCUAGAGAUACCCUAGAGGCAGAAGAAACAAUAUGUAUUUAUUUUUAAGUUAAUUAAUUUUUGUUUGAAGUUCAGUAAGUGUGCAAAGAAGGCAAAAAAAGUGUAACAAGAAAGGUCCUGAAAUAUUUUUUCAGUUGAAUGAACCAUAGUGAUUGCAUCACUUGAAAUGUGUUUGUAACUGAAGUAGCUAAAUACCAUUACUUGGUUUCUAAAACAGGACACCAAAGUAUUUUUGUAUUUGAUUUUUAAACAGAACUAGGGCAGAAUUAUUGAAUUUUUUACAAUGAUUUAAUGGUGAUAGAAAAGUGUAGGAUCUAACCCCUAAUGAAACAGCUUUCCAGCAAGUUCCAAGGAAAAUGGGUUUGGACAACCAUAUUAUAAAUGCUCCAAGGAGUAAAUUAACUCUAAAUUAUUAAUUUUUUUUUAAUUUAUAAAACUGAAAUAGUAAUAAAACAUUAAAUUUUAUUAUAUUUUCUAACAUAUUUGUAAAUCUGAUUAUGAUAAUUUAUUAAAGAAAUAAUUCACCAGAAUACUUAGAAAAUAUUUGAUCACUUGCUCAAGUAUGAUAUUUUAGCCCUCAAAAGAUGUCUUUUAAAUAUGAUAUUAAUUCUGGCUCAGGUGUGUAUUAUUUUUAAAAAAAGAAGAUUCCUUAUAAGAAAAGAAGAGUUAAUAAAUUCCAAUUUAACAUGGUACUUACUAAUCAAAGUAUUAUAAAUUACAAAUACAAAUUUAAUUUUUUUUUAAAUGUGUAAUGUAAUAUUAAAUCUUGUAAAUAAAUCCCCAUAUUUGCAGGAGGCUUGUCUCAACCUACUAAUUAAUUCCCAGUGUUGUAUAGAAGAUUUUUGGUUGUGGUUAUAAUAUUUUUAAUAAUUUUUUUAAUUAAAUUCAGUGUCAUCAUACAUUUUUGGUUUAACAAACUGUCUGUAAACAGAUUAUUGAGGAAAUAUAAGGAUGUUGCCGACAAAUUUAGAAUCCAGCCUUGAUAACUUGAAAGCAGCAGAUCAGGCACACUAUUCUCAUUAUGUUUUUAAAAGUAUUAGAAUAUUAAUUGCUUUUAAUUACUACCAGUAUUAACUAUUGGAAAUAAAUGUUUAUGUUUUGUUUAUUUUAAUAAUAGCCUUUAAACUUCAGUUUACCUUAAGUUUAAAAUGUUGAAAUAAUGAUUAUAAAUUAUAUAGAUUGGAGUAGAUUUCCAGUGGAGUGAGGGAUAAAAAAAGAAGUUUUUGAAUGGCCAGAAAUGGAAGUAAAAUGAACAUGAGAUUGCAUAAUUUACUAUAAUGCAUAAAUAAAAUAAAAAUAACAUCUUUCCAGGAAAGAACAGAUCAGGAAACUCUUUCUGCAAAAAAAUUGUAUUCAUCACUCUUGGAAACAGAGCAAACUUUUGUCAAGGUGAUUACAGUAUCUAACAUUUCAUUUUUUAAAAUUAUUAAGUUACUGGUACUGUCAUAGUAAAUUACAAAGUAAAGUAAGCCCACAUAUUAAUAUAAACAGGUUAUGGAAAUUAAAUAGCAUGGUAAAUGCAUUAGACCGGUAUAUCAUAAAUGUUAUUAAAAAAAAUUCUCUUUAUUCCCUUCAACAACUCGUCCCUGUCCGCAUAUCACUACAUUUGUUUUGUGAACAUAAAUCAUCAAGUUGAUGUCUAUUAGUAAUUAUAAUAGAUUAAAACUUUAAUCAAUGACUUCCUCAUAUCAGAUUAACCAAGAUUAAAUCCUUGAAAUGAAAAAAAUUAACAUUGCUUUCUUUGUUAUUUGCUCUCAAUUUCAAACUUGGUGUGUGUUCACAUCUUUAGUAAAUACAAUUUUGAUGCUUAUGUUUCAGACUAUAUUAUUGUUGGAAUGUUCAAGAUUAACCACCAUUGUUUUCUUCACUACCUCCAACCUCAAGUCCUUAGAUGUUAGCUACUUUCAGCCAGUGAAGAUGAAAUAUAAUUAUUUAAAACCUCUUACUCUUAUGAAAUAUAUUUCUUCAAAUUUUAACAAAAAGUUUUGAUCACUCAGAAACUGGAUGACCUUCUGACCCACAAAGAACUUGUUGACCUUCGAAGGAAAGAACUGCUUUAUUUAAAAUGGUCAGAGCAAGUGUUUGAACCUAUAAGAAAAAAGAUUGUCGAAGCCGUUGAUGGUUCUGAUUGGCUGCAUCUUGACCGUCGUAAACGUGAAAUGCACAGACAGUUUUUGGAACAUGUCAAUAAAAGAGUUCGUAAAUAAAUCUUUUAUAUGCCUGCAGUAAUGCAAGUCUGAAUAAUUUCAUUUUAAAAUUAUAACCUUUGAUUUCAUUUUUAAGGUCUUGAAUUUCAAAUUUGAUUAGUAUAAUUUUUUUCCUAAGCCAAAAAUAUUAUUUAAUCCAUAUUUUACAGUGAUCAAAUAUUAAGCUAUUAUAAAAAAUCUUUAUUUUAACAUCCCUAUGCUCUAACUAUACAUAAAAUAGUUCAAAUUUUCUCAAAGUUUUAUAUGAACAAGAACCUUAAAGAUUUAAAAUUCAACAAGCUUGCAUAUUGAUCUAACUUAUUGACUUGUCUUUAGGGCUAUGUGUUUCUAGAGGAUGAUGAUAGAGAACAAUACUAUGGGCAGGCUUUAAAUGACCAUCGUCCAGCACCAAUAAAGGUAAAUUAAAAUAUUAUUUAUUUUGUAUCAAAUCCCAUUAAUUAAAUGUAAACAUAAAGAAAAUAAAGGUGUAAUUAAUACCAAUGUUAAAUGCUAAAAGCAAAUUAUUUUCCAAUACAAGGAUAAUUUUUUAAAUAAUUGAAAUGCAAAUCAAAUUAAAGGACAUUCAAUUUUUUUCCAUUAAUAUAGUUAGAUGAAUAUUUAAUGCUAUUAGAGGCUUUUAUUCUGAUGUGAUUCAGAUCAAAGAUGCAUUUAAUAAUUAUUUUAAAAAUGUUCUCAUGUACCCUAGAUUACAACAGAGGUUCUUAAAGAUCCUCUCCUAACUUUAAGUCGGAAGCGUGCAGAGGAAGAGCGCACCAUUUUACAAUGUUCAACAGGCUAUAAAUACUCUGAUAAAGAUGUAGAAACAGUAAGACUUCAAUAUUUUUUCAACACAGUGUAUGUUUUAUUAAGUUAAGUAAUAUUUUAACAUAUCCUGUUUAGUCAUAACUCUUGAUAGCUAAUCUAAUUAUAAAAAAGUACUUAAAUAAUAUUUACUAUGGUUACAUUGUACAGAAAAAAUAGUAAGACUUAUCUUAAAAAACUCUUUUUUGUAAUGUGUUCUGAAGGUUAAACUUCCACCACUUCCACUUAUUCCCCUGGGCCGACAUGGUGUAGAUAGCCGCAAAUGGCUCCAAAUGCCUCUAACCAAUAUUGAAAGUGAAUCUCGCAUGAGAAGCAGGUGAGCUAGUCUAAUCAAUUAAUGUUCUCAUAUCUGCUGAUUCGGAAUGGUUUAUUUUUUUCCCAUACCCCUUGAUUAGACUUUUUAUUUAUGACACACCCCCACUCCCACAUUUGAAAUAUAGCUCCUCAUUAAUGGACGGGUGUAAAAAAACUUUCCUGCCAUUUUUCCACAAUUGUUGAUAUAAUUUUUGCAUACCGGUAUCCCCAUUCUGUCUGUCAUGUACCCCCAGGUACACAUAUCACAGGUUUGGAACUACUGUACUUAAGCAUUGGUUAUAUUUUAUUCUUAGUUGGUUGAUGCAGAAGUAAAAUUUUGUUAUCAUACAAUAGUUACAAAAGAAAUGAAAAUGUGGCAGGAAUUUUUAUUAAUAUAACUUCCACCUUCAAGUAAAAGGUCCACCACCAUCAAGUAAAAGGUAAAAUCUUGACUUUGAGACCAGCUUUAGUUUUCGUUGUUAAAAAAAUGUUUAAGCUUUUUAGAACUAAUUAUACUAAUGGAUAAAUAGCAAUUUUUUAUCAGGCAUCCAUUAAUUUUUCUAUUUUUAAAAAAAAAUAAGUGAGAAUUUUCUGUACCCUCACACAGGGAGAGCAAUGCUGGAUCAGUUGAAGGUUCUUUUAAUGCAUUUUAUUUUCUUUUUUUUUUUUUUUUUUUGGGAAUUAUUUUUAUUUUUUCUUUUUUUUUGGUUUCAAAUUUUUCUAUUAUUUUGAUUAGUUGAAGGUUUUUUUUAUUUAUUUUAUUUUUUUUUUUUUUUUUUUGUGUUGAGAAUUAUUUUUAUUGUAUCAUAUUUUUAGGUAUCAAAUUUUUCUAUUACAGAGUUCUUAUUAGGCCUUUAUUAAAAAUGUUGUAAUUAAUUCUAAUUUUAAUUCAUUUUUAAAUUUUGUAAGAAACAUGCUACCUCCCAUCUUUGGCUCUAGAUUUAAGAAAAAAGAGGUUAACACAGCUAACUUUAAACAUGCUGAAGGUAAACUUUCAUUACAUGUAUUGGACAUGUUUGCAUGAUUUCAUCAUCUACUAGUGCAUGAUCACUGUUAUGCAUCAAAUCACCUUCUUUGUUAGACAUAUAUAUAAGUAUAAAAGUAUACCAUACUGGUAUUUCAAUUGCAAUAGUCAACUAACUUAAUCAUUUUAUCAAAGUAUAGAUAUAUUAUUUCCAAAGAAGGAUCGCUGAAAAUGUUUACCUUAAAUUCAAAUUCUACUAAAAGUUGUUAUCUGUGACUGUGAUCAUAAAUAGUCCAAAUCACAAGGAUUGAUUCGUGUAUUUUAUUACUUACUAACUUUUAUAUUACUGUGGACCAAUUUAGCUAAGUUUUAUAAUUGUAUGGUCUGACCCUCAUAGUUUGUUGUAUUACACAAGAAAGUAAUUCCUGCAAAUUUUCAGUCAAAUUCAAUCAUAUUUAAAGGUAGCACAGGUAAGUUAAAUUUGGUUAUUAUCGUCUAUAUGCUGUUACGCUAAAAUGAGUGAAAAAAGGUCUUAACUUAAAUGAAAAAUUGUGGUUUUUAUUGGCACAAUAUGCAUAGUGUGCAAGUUUUUUCAUGUUAAUAUUGCACAAUAAAAUUAUUUCUGUAUUUGCUUGGUUCAUCAUAUUAACUCAUUCAGGAUGUAUCGCCAUACCGGGCACCACAGUAACUUUGGAUGAAUAUGUAUUGUUGCAGCCUGCAACAUUGACAGUUUGUUUCAUUUUCUUAAUAUUCUUAUCGACUACCGAGUACCGGUCAUUGUUUCAGAUGUGGGAAUAAAUAAGCUUCUCAAGUUGCAAUUCAGAAGUGGAGCGUCCCAAGCGUUUGCUGUUGCUCAAUUAUAGGAAGAGUGGGGGACCAAGGAUAAAGAUAAUGAAUGUGCUUUGAUACAACUUCAAGCAACACAGGUCAUAAGAGUGGAGUCUGCAUAUUUUUAGAAUAAAAGUUGGAAAAGGACCUUCUCUACUUGGCUUGCUGCCGCAAUAUUUAAGAAAUUGUCCUGGCAGGUGUCUUCGGUGAGAGAAUCGGAACUGCAAAUUCUGGCCCUGAUGUACCAGUAUUUCAUCUCUGGAAGCAAUCAUAGAGCAAAAUUGAUAAAUCCUGUUACAGUAUCAAAGUGGUGCUACUAAUGAAAUAGUUUUGUGCAGUUUAAAAGAUGACUAGGUGGAUAGUUUCAUGGAAUCUGCAAUAUGGAAACUUCAAAGCUAUGCAAACCAGAGAUAAUUACAAGGAAUUUCUCAAAUUAUCUAUUACGUUUGUUGGAGAAACUAUUUCAUGCGAAGUGCACUUUAUGACCCCUGGAGCUCUUUAUCAUGCAAGAUCGGUGGCUCCAGCAUUAUACACUUUUAAAGUAUGGGUGUUCCAUAAGCAUUUCAAACUCACUGCAGGAGAGGAUAAAGGAUUUCAAGAAAAAAAUCGUAUUAUUAGGGUCUAUAAAUUAAUUAUCAAGGCAUGGUUUACUGCCCCUUUAUGCAUUUCUAUUCCGAAUAAUGAUCUAAAGUUCCUUCAAAAACAUAGUGAAUAUGAAAAGGUAAAUGCUGCACCUUUAAAAGGUAUCUCAGUUAAGAGCUUGUGGAUUUGGCUUUUUUUAUUUUUUUUUUAUUUUUUACUUACAAAUCUCUGUCAUUGGAGUUAAAGAGGGCAAUGUUAAUUUAUUUUAAAGUAUAUUUAAGUAUAUGAAAGUGAAGGAAUGGGUGAAACUUCAAAGGUUAUUUAGCUUAAUUCCAAUAAAUCAAUUUUUAUAAUGAAAUAGAACAGUUUGUUACCAAAAAUCACUAUCAAUUUCUUCACCCAUUUGAACAUCCCAAUGAGCGAUCUAGAAUCUGAUCCUGAGACAUGGAAUCUCAGAGAUGAUUAUAAAAAAACUAGUGAGAUUUUUAAAACAUUGAGAGUGGUUAAUGAAAACGCAGAGAUAGGUGUGGCUCUCAUGCAGGAGAAUAACAGCAUUUUAACUAGGGAGGAGAAACAAAAACAAUACUUGCUACAAGUUGUACAAAAAGCCGGAGACACGAAUGAAUUCUGCUUGAGUUGUCUACUGUGCUCUUUUCUUUGUUAUAUUUUCAUUUCUAUUGUUGACUGAGGAAGGCUUUAUGCCGAAACGUCCUUGUUUUUUGUCCUGUUAUCUUAUUUCAAGCUUCCACAUACCUCGUUUCGCUAUUUCAUUCAUUUACAAGUUGUACAGGAGAGUUGUCCACUUUUACCUGACUGUAUGAAAACACAUACAUUGGCCUCAGAUGUCACUUUGGACAUAAGAUAGCCACUGAACGCUGUAUUACACAUGAUUUUCAUUCUAAAAGUAAAAGUGUAUGUUAAGUGUUUUGUUGUUUAUACCCAGAAUGCAAUAUGAAUUCUACUAUGCCUUAUUGGGUAAAUAUAUUUUGGACCUUGUUUUUUAUACACUCUGUUAAGUUAGGACUACAACACUGGCUACAUUUGUUUGUUACUUGAAUUAUUUUAUUUUAGGACAGGUUUAAUUAUCACAUAUCUUGGGUUACUAAUGUUUCUAUACAUUACAUAAUCAGUCACAAAUAUUCAUGAAUUUAAAAUUCUUUUAAAUGUGAUUCUGCAUUUUGAGAUUUAUAUUUUUACUUUGAUCAUUUCAACUCCUGACCACAUAUACCUUUGCUUUUACUAUUUCCGAAAAUUCAUUAGUGAAGUAAUAUUAUCUGUUGGCAUGGACUAAUUUAGUUAUGUUUUCCAUAUUAAUUUUUCUUAGGAAAAAAAUGUUCAAAAAAAAUAUGACACUGUCUCUAUGUUAACUGCUUAGGAUAGAUCUAAAAUCUGUUCAAUGUGAUGUUUUUUUUUUUAAAUUUAUGAUGCAAUCUAGCUUCUACCUUUAUUUAUGGUACACCAUAAAGAAAGUGAUGGAUUAUAUUAUGCUUUAGUCACAAUAGCAGACCAAAUUGACAAAUUUAUUCAAUAAUCCUGUUUCCAAAAAUAAUAUUUGCUUUGAACGUUGACAGGAAUCGAAUGCUGGGAAUCAACACAAAGUCCCUCAUUGACUUCAGUGCAUGGGCCCAAUCAGGAUUUGACCCAAAGGUAAUGGAAAAUAAUGACAAUGUUAACUUAUUAACUAGGAUAAGAAGCAUUUACAUAGUCAAUCUAAUUUAAUUUUUUUGUACCAGUUCAAAAUGAAUGAAACAUAAGUAAGUCUUUAGGAGCAAACUAGGUUUAAAGGGAAAUGCUUGGUUUUAACUAGUCCACAAUUAUCUACUGUCAGUGUUUUAAAAAACAAAAUGAAGUGAUAAUUAAUUAAAUAAAUGUUGUCACUUGACUGUUGAAAUCUCUGUUUAUUUUUGAAACAGAUUAACAGCAGGUAGUAGGUAAAAAUGAGGAAAAAGUGUCAAACAGAUUAUCUUGCUUUCCCUCUUGAAUUUUAAAUUAGCUUUAACUUUUGUUUUUAAAGCUUGUUGAGCAGGAGCUCCAGAUUCCCAGGAGGAGAACAUUUUUGGAGAAGCCACCAUUUGGUAAACCGCCAGUUGAGAUCCCGAAAACCUCAUUCAUUGACCCCGAAGAAUUUGCUGACAAAAUCAUCAACACAAACCCGUUCCCAACGCACAUGGCAAGGCUAAGAGCAGAGGCUGAAGAGAGGAGGGCUUACUUUGAGGACCAGUUGCAGCAGCAACAACAAUUUAUGGGAGAUGAACAUUUUAUGGAGCAGCCAUUUGGAUAUUUCACCGAUGUGCAAAUGCCGAAGUCAGCAGACCUACAGCUACAACCACUAGUUCUUGCAGUGCAAGAUUGAAAACUGGUGGAAUUUUUUGAAAUUUUCAUUACAUCAAUGGAAUUAGGUAGUAUGGGCUUUUAGAGAAGUUUUGAACUCUAAUCAUUCUUCAUUAUUUAAGCUGUCUAUUACAUAUUCUCUUUCAAGGUACUUAUGCCUCAGAAUUGCCUUUCUACAGUUGUACCCAAUCCUGUAAAUGACUUAUUGUGUACAUGCCCUGUUAAAGUGUUCCCAACAAUGGGUAUAUUCUGUUUUUUUUUUAUUGUAUAGAGGGAGCGCACCCCCUUCAAUUUUGAUAACUAUAUUUGAUUAGCUAACUGUAUAUCAGAGUGUCAUUAAGUAUUCAUUAAAACUGAGUAUUUUCAAGACUGAAAAUAUUAUGUACCAUAAAUGAAAAAAAAAAUUUUCCAUUUAUUUGGAACAAAAAAUUAAAAUAUUUUAUCUUCAAUUUAAGCUCAAUAGAUGGAGCCCAAAAAAAGUGUUCAUUCCAGUCUUUGUAGGCCUAACCCUUAUUGGUUUUCCAAAUUUACAUUUACUUUUACAUAAUAAUUUGCAUAGUUUUCCAAAAAACAAAUGAGUUAAACUUUUUAUUUGUGUAUGUCUUUAAUACACAAUCAUUAAUUUUAUCUUUAUUGCCACCUAGUUAAAAGCAUUAAAAUGGAUUAACCUACAUGGAAAACUAUAACUUUUGGAAGUCAUCAAAUAAAGACAACUAAAAAGACUUCUUCAAUUUUUUCCACCCAACUGAAUAAAAAAAUUAAAAAUUAAUAAAAACUUGUUGGGGUCCUUUUCCUUCGGCUAUUAGUAAUUAGGGUAUCAAGUAUGAGAAAAAUAAUCUGGUGGGCUGUAAUGAUAAAAAAAUUAUUUCUAUUUUAAUCAUUUCUGACAACUUUCUGUUUGUUCCAUUUGCUAGGCAUUAAGUUUAAGCUCUUAUCUUUAGGUAAACGACAAAAUAUAAGGCUGAUGUGUCAUUGGCUUGGAAUCAGGUAUUAGAUUCAUUAAUAAAUAAUAGCGAUACAAUUGAUGUAUUAACAGUUAAUUCUUACCAUGCGUGUCUCAUUAAAUACUUUAAAAAGCAAAGAAUUGAGAAAAUUGCGUAUGACUUUAUUCCAGUUUUGAAAUCUAUACAAAUAAAAUAGAAAUGAUAAAUUGAUAAUAAAUCAGCUAUUAAUAAUAUGUGAUACAACACUGAUACAAUAUACCGAUGCGUGACAGCACACACAAAUUAUGUACAGAACUUUCUGGUAUGCAUAGCACACUCUCCUCCAUGGAGGAUUGCUAUACCUUGUAACCAUUUAAAUGUUAUAAACUAGUAAUCACCAGACAUUCAAUUAAUGCAUGAAAUUAAGACUUGGACUUGGUGAGUAGAAACAAUUGACUUGAUUUUCCUAAUGCAGUCAAAGAUAGACAUCAACAUUUUCAAAGUCUUGUGUAAAUCAGUGGUUUCAUUGUUGUAGAAGUAACCGUUAAAUUAAAGCAUUAUCCCAUAUAGAAUUAAGCCACAAGUAAUAUGGUCAUGAAACCCAGGACCCCAAAAGUUAUGAUCCUAACCCCAUCUGUAUGAAAUACUAAUUUAUAAACAAAUCCACUGAUUUAUGAUACAUCUACUUCAAUUUCAACAUUUUAAAGAAUAUUUCAAUAGCAAUUAUUAAUUGUGGUAGAAUAUAAUGUGUAGCCUCCUAGCCACCCCAUCCCCUAUCCAUUGCAUUUAUAUCUUAUCAAUUAAAAUUAUUUCUAGACCAAAAAUUGCAAACAAACAAAACUAUAGUUUUCUUUUCCCACCUUUAAGCUCAGAUUGAUUUGACAAUAGUCUAAUAAGAUCAGCAAAUGUAUAAACAGUUGAGGCCCUAGUCUUAUUGGUGAAGUUUUGUAAACUCCUCUAUGGCCAAUUUAACUGUUUUUUUCUUGUAUCUGAUUGCAUUAGCACAAGGUCAAUAAAGAUUGGUGUUAUUCAGUUUUACUAACUCUGUAUCUGUCAAUGAUAUGUUACACAUUAAUGGUUGGUGAAAAUAUAUUCUUGAUGACUCACUUUCUCACUAAUAUUAAAUAUUGCAACAACUAAAAUGAUGCUGAUCACCAAGCAAUGAAAUGGUUUGCAAAUAUUGCUCUACACAUGUGUUAACAUACUAAGAUCUUAGUCUAUCACAUACAUAUAAAUUGACUAUGUAGCCUUGUUUCUCAAACUUUAGGCCCACCAAAAGACAUUUCCUAGAUUGUCUUUUGUGAGAGCGAAUCUGCAGAGCUAAUUUAUUUGUGAACAUGGUAAAUUUUAUCCUUCUUGUUUGAUAAACAUUUAUUAAAGAAAAGACAAUUAGAACUACCAAAUUCAGCUAGGUCACAACAUACAUCACAUUCCCUCUAACCCCAACAUGGUAGCAUUGAAGUGUUAAGACUAUUAUAAACUAACUAUGAUAAGAACAGUCAAUAACAAUGAGCAGAUGUUUGUGAUAACUCAUGUGUGUAGGCCACCAUCUUCAUUGCCUACACAUGGUGAAUCAUACAAGUAGAAUUAUGGUAAACGUUAUUCUAGAAACAUGGCUGCUUAAUUAAUACAUGAUAGAAAAAAAAAAACAUGAAAUAAUAAGCCAGGGUAUUCUACAGCAGAUGUGGGGACAGUUGGAAACUAACUUAAAAACAAAUGGGUUCUAGUGUUGAUGCAGAAAAAUUGUGUAUUUAUAUACAUAAACUUAUCAAAACUGCAAAGAGAGCAUUUACAAAAUAGCUAAUGCAGUAGCUCACAUGAUCACACAGACCCGAGUCACAUGAUCUGUUCAAAAGUAAACAAGAUUAUUCCAACAGAGACAUGGCCACAAUAACUAAGCUGUAUAAAUCUCCACUGAUUCAAACAUUGAAAGUGUAAAUAUUGCUGAUGAGAUGUUCAGCUUAUUGCAUACAAUCCCCAAUGUGUACUAAUAUAUCAAAUUUAAUCACAUGACAACCUAGGUACCACAGAGAGUAUUACAUUACUUAAACAUUGGAUUAAUAUACAAGCAGGCUGGUUACAAACUUCAUGAACAACUAAGAGAUAUAUUUAACCUCAUCUCCAUUAAGCUUGUGUCUGAUGCGUGAGCCGAGAGGGAAGCUCUUGCCCGACCCUGGUAAUGCCAUCAACAGUACAGACAAAGCCACGGAGAAUAUCACAGAAAACACUUGCACUUGAUAGCCCACAAUCUCUUUACAUACUCUGGUUCAACCCAACAUGUUUUUAAGAAAUGAAAAUGAAUAAUAAAAAGAAAAGCAAAGUAAGUUAAACAUACCAACCAAAAAAAACAAACAAGUGAAACAGGCAUGAUGUUUGGUUGUUUUUUGUUUUAUAUAACAUAAAUGUAUUCUGAUACAUGUUUUAUACAAAUCAUCAGAAGUUGUGUAAAAUGGUCUGUUUUUGAUCUUUAUGAAAUAAAUAACAUACGUUAACAGCUAAAACAUGAGUAAUCAGAAAUAUCAAAAACAGAGGAUAGAGAAUACUUAAAUACAACACAUGGCAUGUUAAUACAAAAGAGAGUUGCCGAGUAAUGAUGGAUGUAUAGUUAUAAUAAAUGUGUACGUCCAAACCCAAGUUGCCUUUGUCUUUUCCAUACAAUACAUGACAAAGAAACAUAAAAACUCAUUAAAAAAAUAAUUAAUGGA